AUGGUCAUGACCGACGAGACUGACCACAGCGGGGGGGUCAUCCUGGAUGGUCCCUUUGACCCGGAUGCGCAAGCCACCGUGACGGAUUUCAUUGAUUACACCGAGUACCUCCCGGCGGACAUCAUUCGGUCUCUCACCUUGGCUCGGGGCCUGGACGACCGAUAUCUCGACUCCGCUCAGGAUGUCCACAACUUAGCCCGCACUUAUGGCCAACUCCCGGAUUUUCCCUCUGAGGAACGUCCCAGCGCGAUCGCCCUGCGCAGUGGAAUCUCCCACCGUCUCGACCGCGCGAUCAAUGCCCGCGAAUCUGCUUUUGCUGAAGCGUGUCGCCUGUUCGACGUCGUGGACCGCCAUUUCGACCGGUUAAGCUGCAUUCGACAAAAAUUGGAAGCCCUUCCCAAACCACCCUCAAGAGAGCCAACGCCGCUUCCAGAGCCUACGCCGAAGCGGCGCAAAGACAAGAAGGAUGGGUCGUCCACCACUCGCAUCACCCUCCGGUUGGACAAUCGUGGGGAAAUUGGCAAACGAAAGAAAUCCAGGUCACGCCGUUCGGGCAUUGGCGCAGAACAUCUGACCGACUUCAACCCGGACUCCCCCAUCGCCAGCACGGAGCAGUCAGAUGCAGAGAUGGAAGCGGAAAUCCCUCCCAAACCCGUGAAACCCCCCAAGAAGGAGAAGGCGCGCCGGCCCAGCUCUGGGACGGGCGCCUCCACCAGCAAUGCCCUUGCACAACUCAAACCCCCACCGGACGAUGCCAAAGUAGGUAGUGAACAUUUGCCAUGGUUGCGGCUAACCGAGUGGGAGAUGACAAAGCUGCGCAAGAAGAUGAAGAAGAAUGCCGUGUGGCAGCCUAGCGAGGUGAUGAUUCAACGUGAAUUGGCGCUUGCUGGUCGCGGAUGGGAGGCGUACAAGACUGCAAAAGCGCUGGCUGAGCAAACCGGUACCGAAUUCGUGGAUUGUGAUGAUAUAGAGAGGACGCGCAGGGACGAAAUUGACAGAGUUAUAUCUGCUGGACAGCUUAGUAAUCGUGGGAUGAAAUUGAAUGAAGCAAAAAAGCUGAAACGAGAGUUGCAGGCUCGAGAGGCCGCCGCCAACGGCGAGGAAGGACUGACACCCAGCAAGGCAACCACGGGAGCUAUCUCCCUCACCCCCGUGAGUCGGUCCUCGCGAAAACGCAAGCGUGACGAGGCGGCGGCAGCCGCUGCCGCUGCCGCAGAGCAACCUGGACCCAUCGUGACCCCUGGAGCAGUCGCCGCCGCGGCUCCCAUUGUGGCUGGACCUAGUGCCCUAGAAGCUCAAGCAGAACAGUCAACAGAGACGGACGCCAUCAUUCAAAGUGACUUGGUCUCUGCUUCCAAGCCGCUUCGCAAGUCCGGUCGUGGAGGGGCCGACAGCGGCGCUGUAGAUGUUGACGAAGUGGUGGCAGACCCCAUCGAGGCUCCAAAUUCGCCCCUGGGCGAAGUGGAAGCGCCUUCACCACCGCCCUCACCCACCGGCUCACGGCGGUCUAUGAGAUCUGCUGCGCACUCGGCCGCUACGCCCACCCCGCCGGUGACACGGCCCUCCUCGAGGCGUUCUGCAGCGGCCGCGCCUUCCAUUGAACACGGAAGUCUUGGUCCUUUCUCGACGACCGCCGUUGCUGGUGGUCGAGAUUUGCGUGUGAAGAGUGCCACUCCAGCUCGCAAGACUCCCGUUCGCGAGCCCUCUCACGCGCCUAGCGUUCCUGGACCCAAUCGCAAACGCAAGCGUCCCGCCCCGGGACCGGUCUCGUCUGGACAAGACGGAGGGGCUGCCGUUAGUUACGGCCGUCGCAAAGCCAAGCCAGGCAAGAGACGCAUCAAUCUGAACACAUCACAAGAUAUUCGGGUCGAUGAGGACGGGGUGGUGGAAGAAAUCGAUGCCAAUGAGCCACGUUACUGCCUCUGCGGAGAUGUGAGCUUUGGGACGAUGAUCUGUUGUGAAAAUCAAGAUUGCGAAUACGUUUGGUUCCAUCUUGAAUGCGUGGGACUUUCAGAAGUGCCCUCGCGGACGGCCAAAUGGUACUGUCCCGAAUGUCGAGUCAAGUUCGACAAGGGCCCAGAUGGAAUCGUCAAAGGUGGAUCCCGCCGUUGA